CAGAGGCAGAGGCGUGGAAAGACCACUCUUUGGUGUUCCUUGUGAAAUCCGUCUCCACCAACACAAAAGGGAGGGGAGUAGUUGGGUGGGGGACUCAAGCUGGGGUGUCAGUGUCCCAAGCAUAUUCUGAUACCUAGGAGGUGUCACUAACUCUUGAAACACCUAAGAUUUCAUAGUAGGAGGGACCCCCGGGUUCACUGCCUCUCUCUGAAGGCCUCAGAGACCUUUCUGAGCAUCUGUCUCUCUUUGCCCCUCUGUUCCUUCCAGAGACCAUGUGCCCAGGCUGAACCUCUGGGCAGAUGGAUUCUUCCCAGGCCUGAGAGGAACUGUAGGAAUUCUCAUGUCCCCUUUCUCUCCCACACUUCUCUAGCCCUGUGUCAAGAAGUCCCAAGCAAUUUAUACCCCUCUUUCUGCAAUUCCCACUGGGCUCAAGCCCAGGAGGAGAGAGAGCUGGCCUCAGCUUCCUUUCUUUUUGAGCUACCAAAGCCUCCGUGGGAGAGACUCUUCCUCCCCGGUUUCUCAGGAAACUGUGGCUAAAUUAUGCCUGGCUUUGGGUAGAGGGGGCCAGGGUGUGUGGAGUAAGGUGGGGUGAUGGUGCCUGGGACUUAGACAAGAAUGGGAUAGUGGUUGGUUCAGACUGCCUACUUUACCUAACAGCUAGAAUUGGGUGAGGAGAAGGCAGCUCAACUCCAAUCCUAGCGGAUUAGGGAGAUUAAAGUAAGAGAAGAGAAAGAUGUCCCAGAGACCAAGAGCUCCCAGGUCAGCCCUCUGGCUCCUGGCGCCCCCGCUAUUGCGGUGGGCACCCCCCCUCCUCACAGUGCUGCACAGUGACCUUUUCCAGGCCUUGCUGGACAUCCUGGACUAUUAUGAGGCCUCCAUCUCAGAGAGUCAGAAAUACCGCUACCAAGAUGAAGACACGCCCCCUCUGGAGCACAGCCCGGCCCACCUCCCGAACCAGGCCAAUUCUCCCCCUGUGAUUGUCAACACAGACACCCUAGAAGCCCCAGGAUAUGUGAACGGGACCGAGGGGGAGAUGGAAUACGAGGAGAUCACAUUGGAAAGGGGUAACUCAGGUCUGGGCUUCAGCAUCGCAGGUGGCACUGACAACCCACACAUCGGGGAUGACCCAUCCAUUUUCAUCACCAAGAUCAUUCCUGGCGGGGCUGCUGCCCAGGAUGGCCGCCUCAGGGUCAACGACAGCAUCCUGUUUGUAAAUGAAGUGGACGUGCGGGAGGUGACCCACUCAGCGGCGGUGGAGGCCCUCAAAGAGGCAGGCUCCAUCGUCCGUCUCUAUGUCAUGCGCCGGAAGCCCCCAGCUGAGAAGAUCAUGGAGAUCAAGCUCAUCAAGGGGCCUAAAGGUCUUGGCUUCAGCAUCGCAGGGGGCGUGGGAAACCAGCACAUCCCAGGCGAUAAUAGCAUCUAUGUAACAAAGAUCAUUGAAGGGGGUGCUGCCCACAAGGAUGGGAGGUUGCAGAUUGGAGACAAGAUUUUGGCGGUCAACAGUGUGGGGCUAGAGGAUGUCAUGCAUGAGGAUGCCGUGGCAGCCCUGAAGAACACGUAUGACGUUGUCUACCUAAAGGUGGCCAAGCCCAGCAAUGCCUACCUGAGUGACAGCUAUGCUCCCCCAGACAUCACAACCUCUUAUUCCCAGCAUCUGGACAACGAGAUCAGUCACAGCAGCUACCUGGGCACCGACUACCCCACAGCCAUGACCCCCACUUCUCCGCGGCGUUACUCCCCAGUGGCCAAGGACCUACUGGGGGAGGAAGACAUUCCCCGAGAACCGAGGCGAAUUGUGAUCCACCGGGGCUCCACAGGCCUGGGCUUCAACAUCGUGGGUGGCGAGGACGGUGAAGGCAUCUUCAUCUCCUUUAUCCUGGCCGGGGGCCCUGCAGACCUCAGUGGGGAGCUGCGGAAGGGGGACCAGAUCCUGUCGGUCAAUGGUGUUGACCUCCGCAAUGCCAGCCAUGAGCAGGCUGCCAUUGCCCUGAAGAAUGCGGGUCAGACAGUCACGAUCAUCGCUCAGUAUAAACCAGAAGAGUACAGCCGAUUUGAGGCCAAGAUCCACGACCUUCGGGAACAGCUCAUGAACAGCAGCCUGGGCUCAGGGACAGCCUCCCUGAGGAGCAAUCCCAAAAGGGGUUUCUACAUCAGGGCCCUGUUUGAUUAUGACAAGACCAAGGACUGCGGCUUCCUGAGUCAGGCCCUGAGCUUCCGCUUUGGAGACGUUCUGCAUGUAAUCGAUGCUAGUGAUGAGGAGUGGUGGCAGGCGCGGCGGGUCCACUCUGACAGUGAGACUGAUGACAUUGGCUUCAUCCCCAGUAAACGGCGGGUUGAGCGACGGGAGUGGUCAAGGUUAAAGGCCAAGGAUUGGGGCUCCAGCUCUGGAUCACAGGGUCGAGAAGAUUCGGUGCUGAGCUAUGAGACAGUGACGCAGAUGGAAGUGCACUAUGCUCGCCCCAUCAUCAUCCUUGGGCCCACCAAGGACCGCGCCAAUGACGAUCUUCUCUCCGAGUUCCCGGACAAGUUUGGAUCCUGUGUUCCCCAUACAACACGGCCCAAGCGGGAGUAUGAGAUAGAUGGCCGGGAUUACCACUUUGUGUCGUCUCGGGAGAAAAUGGAGAAGGACAUUCAGGCGCACAAGUUCAUCGAGGCCGGCCAGUACAACAGCCACCUCUAUGGGACCAGCGUCCAGUCCGUGCGAGAGGUGGCGGAGCAGGGGAAGCACUGCAUCCUCGAUGUCUCGGCCAAUGCCGUGCGGCGGCUGCAGGCGGCCCACUUGCACCCUAUCGCCAUCUUCAUCCGCCCCCGCUCCCUGGAGAAUGUGCUAGAGAUUAACAAGCGGAUCACAGAGGAGCAAGCCCGCAAAGCCUUCGACAGAGCCACCAAGCUGGAGCAGGAGUUCACAGAGUGCUUCUCAGCCAUCGUGGAGGGCGACAGCUUUGAGGAGAUCUACCACAAGGUGAAGCGUGUCAUCGAGGACCUCUCAGGCCCCUACAUCUGGGUCCCAGCCCGAGAGAGACUCUGAUUCCUGCCCUGGCUUGGCCUGGACUCGCCCUGCCUCCAUCACCCGGGCCCUUGGUCUGGACUGAAUUGCCCAAGCCCUUUGCACCCCCUGGCCUCCCUCCUAGUCCUUCUUAUUUAUUUCCUUUCUAACCAGAUCCAGCCCAUUGGAGGGGGGACGCUCCUCUGCAUGUAUCCCUGCACCCCAGACCUGGGCUUCUGAACCCCAGGAACCUGGAGUCUGGGGGGGAGCUGGGCUCCUGGUUCUGAGCCUUGCUCCUUAGGACCCCUACCCCUGCCCGCCCCCAACGCACACUGACCUACCGGGGGCCACCCGCCCUCUCCCAUCUUUUCCCACACACAUUCCAGAAGUCAGGGCCCCCCUCAAGGAGCACCCGCUGCAGGGAUGCAGGGCCACAGGCCUCUGCUCUCUCCUGAGGCAGGGGCUGGGGUCACUCCUGCCACCAUCAUGACUCCCCAUGUCCCUUGAUUUCUCAUUUAUUUUUUCGAUUUUUUUCUUUCUCAAAGGUGGUUUUUGGGGGGAUACGUAGGGGGACUCCACUGUGGGCCCCCUGCCUUCCACAUGCCCCCCACCUUUUUUCUUUGCUGGUUUGCAUGAGUGGAAGGUUUAACUGUGGCUUUUUUUUUUUCCUGGGAUAUUUUUUUUUGGGGAAAGGGGAGGGAUGGGUCUAGGGAGUGGGGAAUGUGGGAGGGGGGGGGCAGGGGUCGGGGUGUCUGGGAGCCAGGGGAAGACUGGAAAUGCUGCCGCCUUCUGCAAUUUAUUUAUUUAUUUUUUCUUUUGAGAGAGUGAAAGGAAGAGACAGAUACUUGAAA